AAACAGCAGUGCGCAUGCGUAGUUCAGUGACGUGUCGAGAAAGUGUCAAAGCGAGGGAUGGAAAAAAAUAUGGAAAAUAGGUUUGGAUAGUCUACUUAAUUGAGGAAUGUGUCCUUGUGUUUGGAUAUUCUAUGUUGGCUCCUCCUCAUCCGUAGAGUUAAAUACUUUGAUUUUAAAAUCACUUUGUAAGCCUUCGAGCUAACUGGCAAAGCAACCUAUAGGAGCUAACAGCUAUGUUAGCUUCUGAUACUGUUAGCUCAUGUUAGCUCCUGCUACUUUUACUGCCCAUAUUUCAUCCACUCAAUACCGGGUUCGGGUGUCAGCAGCAGCCGGACCCACAGCUCCGUGAGAGGAAGAUGUCUCGGAGGCGGCUGGACAGUCGCAGCGGGCUCUCGGCUGGGCUGCUGGCCGAAAUCCAGACUCCGAUCAGCACAGAACCGCUGGACAGUGUGUUCGAAGUCACUGCAGAGUUGGGAAGGGGCAAGUUUGCAGUGGUCAAACGCUGCUUGGAGAGAACCACAGGAAAGCUGUUUGCUGCCAAGUUUCUACGAAAAAGGAGGCGGGGUCGUGAUUGCAGGGCAGAAGUCAUCCAUGAAAUGGCAGUUCUGGAGAUGGCCCGAAACAACCCCAGAGUGGUCAACCUGCAUGCCGCUUAUGAGACAGAUCAUGACAUCGUCUUGGUGCUGGAAUUUGCGGCAGGUGGAGAGAUAUUUGACCACUGUGUGUCUGACGAUUUGCUGCCGGAGGCUCAGAUCACCCGUCUGCUCAGACAAACACUGGAAGGAGUUCAUCACCUCCACCAGAGCAACCUUGUGCACUUAGACCUUAAGCCCCAGAAUAUUCUCCUGACCAGCGUGUGUCCUCCAGGGGACAUCAAGAUUGUGGACUUUGGUCUGGCACGCAGAUUGGGUGCGGUCGGGGAGCUUAGAGAGAUUCUUGGCACACCUGAAUAUGUUGCUCCAGAAAUUCUUAAUUAUGAGCCAAUCACAACAGCAACAGACCUUUGGAGUGUGGGCGUCAUAGCUUACUUGCUGGUCACAGGUGAGUCUCCCUUUGCUGGCGACGACAAGCAGGAGACUUAUCUGAACGUGUCCCAGAUCAAUGUGGACUACAGCAGGGAGGCCUUUUCCAGGGUUUCUGAGCUGGCUGUUGACUUUAUCCGCAAACUCCUAGUCAAAGCGCCUGAAGAUCGACCAAGUGCUUCAGAGUGUAUCGGUCAUCCUUGGCUUUGGCAGCAGCAGCCUUGCACAAGUCCUGAACCCACUGGCACCCGCGGCGUGCGUGAGAGGAGUCUUGGCGCUAAGUGGGCGGCGCCCCCUGAGGACCCCGAGGACAAGGAGAACUUCCUGGAGUCGCCGCGUGCUAAAAGGUUCCGCGUGGACGAGGAAGGGCUUCUUGGAGACGCUGACUUAUGAGAAAAGUUUUUAAUGUAUUUUAAGUGUAUUUAUACUUUAUGACAAAUUUACCAGCAGCAAAGAUAAUCACAUUAUUGAUCAGCCAACCUGACAAUUGAUUAAUAUUGAUGCUAGUCAGUAAAGAUGAAUAUUGAUUAGUUUUUGUAUCUGCUUCUUUAUAUUUGAUGUGCAAUGAGGGAAACGCUGCUUAGCUUGAAUCUUUUCUAUUUGUACUUCUUACUCUUAUUAUAUCUAAACUUCAACCGUGCCACAUGAAAAACACAACGUACACAGUGUAUGCAAGGUUUGGAGCAUUUAGCUCAGGGUUUUAAGAAAAUAAUUUUAAGGUUUCCGCUUUAAGAUGGUUCUGCAUAUAAAAGCCUUUAUUUUCUCAGGUGACAAAUUACUUUCAAUAUGUUGUGUAUUAUUAAUGCACCUGCAGAAAUGAAACCGGAUUUAGCACUUCUGACUAGGAUUAUUGCAAUGAUGACGUCUGUACUUUAAUGAACAGCUUUUCAUUCCUAUACUGUUGUUAAGUAUUUAUAUUUAUGUGCUGGACUCUGACUUGAUAUGAUUUUUUGUCAUACGUCCAUGGAUUGUUGGAAGCGAAUAUAUUUUUCUGGUUGUGUUGGGAAGUCAAAGUGUGAUGUUUGGAAGGUUCUAGAAGGAAGCAGAUGCUGCUGAUGUUAGGGGGUAUAGGUGAGCACGUAAAAAGAGGAGCAGGUAAACAGGUGCAUACCGUUGCUAUGGUGAGACAUUCAAGACACCAAAAUGAGUUCCAUUGUUGUUUCAAUUUGAUUUAUUGUUCCAAAGUCUGUGUUGUACUGUAUUGUCAUAUUUUACUUGGAAUAUUGCGGACAAUGUGUGAAAAAAGAUGCUUGUUUCUUUUAAACCUCAUGGUCACGUUUGACAAGCGACACAGGAAGUAGUUCCAACAAGAAGUUGUUCUUGUUGACAGCGACAUAAAGAAGAUGGAUUUGUUCAACAGCAGUUCUGAAUUGUUAAUUUUUUGUUUGCUACUUUGUUGUAACUUCUUCCCUCUUCAGCUUUUAUAAUUGACAGAUGUUUGACACCAAGUGACCAUUAGCACAAGCCAGUGUUCCAGAAAUACUUUGUAUGAGCAAUCUGACUGUAAGAAAACAACUUCAUCAUGACCAAGCACAUGCUAUCUACACUAGUGCAAAAAGCUCAUUAAAGAUUUGUAAGUAAUAAAA